AUGGAGAAGAAAGCGAAGACCGAUUGUUGCUACCUUCCGUUUGAACUAAUCACUGAGAUACUCUCAUGGCUACCCGCUAAGUCUCUGCUGCGAUCUGCAUGUGUCUCUUCAUCGUGGUAUAUGCUUACCAAAGAUCCAAAGUUCAUGAAGUUGCAUCGCAGUCGAUCCCUCAAAGCAAACCUGGAAACGCAUUUCCUCUUCGAGUGCUGGAAAUCCAAAGUCUACUCUUUUAGAGCUACAUCGCAGCAUCCCUAUUACCAUGCUUCGGAACUUGCUUAUCCGAAAGACAUCAUAAAGCCUCGCACCAUGGGAGGUGUUUUAGGCUCAUGCAAUGGCCUAGUUUGUUUUCAUUCAAUAACAUUACAACCCUUUUACAAAUCUGCUUACAACAAUAAUCUAGGCCUGUUUCUCUACAACCCUGCGACUCGAGCCACUAGAUUGAUACCACCACUCAAUUCCCCGAUGAAUAAUUUAUUGAAACGUGAAGUUGCAUUCGGUUAUGACAGUGUAUCCGAUGAUUAUAAGGUUUUAGCCAUUUGUAUGGAGAGGAAUGAUCGAAAUGUCGAAAAAGCUCUACUAUACAGUUUGAAAACGGAUGCCUGGGUGAACAUACCGAGCCCGCCAUGGCAGUUGAAUCAAUUUUGUAUGAGCCCCCGACCUGCUAUCUUGGCUGACAACUCCUUCCAUUGGAUGAAUCCUUUGUUGUUUACAGGAAUAAGGUGUUUCGAUCUUUUCACUCAAAGAAGGACAGUUGUGUAUCGUAACAUAUACUUUGGAGAUAUGGGUAUUAACAAGAAGAAGAUAUCUUGGACUCGAAUUUUUCAUCAUCUCUCGGGGCAAUUGAAACAUGUUGAUUUUCAUCAUGCUAAAAUAUAUAAUUUGGGUUUCCGAGAUGAACGACGCAGUAUCAUAUUAGCAAUAGCUGACCGUACAAGAGCUCUACAAAAGGUUUUCAUCUGCUGUGAUCUACAAUCCAAACAAGCUAGGGAGAUCGAAGCCACAAAUUUACCAGAUGGUACCGAAAGGAUCAUUUCCUUUCAUCCUUGGGUCGAUUCGCUUGUCCGUUGUAUUAGUACAUAA